UCACAUGUUUCCUGUCUAGAGUGGAGCUCCAGAUAGACUACUUUGUUUCUGCCUGGCGUUUCUCAGGGCAUUUGAUGGUCCUCGGGUAAUUUUACACUUGUCCCCUAUGAACCUUCCAUCGCCAAUCAGUAGAGGAUCAUAGCCUUCUUCGGAAGGAUUCUGGUCAGUGUCCCUGAGCUAUCAAGUCUCCUGGCAAUAUGACAGAGUAUUCAAGAGUGAAAACCACCAAACUGGUGCUGAAAGGAAUGAAGGGCAAGCAUAAGAAAAAGCAUAAAGAUAAGAAAAGGAAGCGAGAUCAGUCUGAAGAGGAUAAGCUGGAUAUAAUUGGAAAUUGGUGGACUGUCAAAAACCUAGGUGAAAUAACAGGGUCAAUGGCCAUUGAAAUGGGCAAAGGAACAUACAUCCAAGCCUUAGAUAACGGUCUGUUCACAAUUGGCGCACCACACAAAGAUGAUGAUGGUCCAUCACCACCAGAACAAUUUACAGCAAUAAAGCUUACAGAUUCUAGGAUUGCACUAAAGUCUGGUUAUGGGAAAUAUAUUGGAAUCAAUUCAGAUGGCCUUGUCAUUGGCCGAGCAGAUGCCAUUGGAUCAAGAGAACAGUGGGAGCCUGUGUUUCAAGAUGGGAAAACGGCUCUGCUUGCAUCUAACAGCUGUUUUAUUAGCUGUAACGAAGCAGGCGAUUUAGUAGCACAAAAUAAAACUGCUGGUGAAGAAGAAAUGAUCAAGAUUAGAAGUUGUGCAGAAAGAGAUACAAAGUCAAACGAUGACAUUGCUAAUGAAGAUAAAGGAAACGUUAAACAGUGUGAAAUAAAUUAUGUAAAAAAAUUUCAAAGUUUUCAGGAUCGCAAACUUAAAGUGAGCCAGGAAGAUCACACGGAACUUAAAAAAGCCAGAAAAGAGGGAGCUUUUCAUGAAACACUGCUAGACAGACGAUCUAAACUAAAAGCCGAUAGAUACUGCAAAUAAGAAUGGAAAGUUUCUUCUCGAACAUCAUUGCAUGAUAAUGGAUUGGCAUCUGUAUAUUUUUUUAAGUGCAUUUGUAUCUUUUUAGUUCUGUUGCUGUUAAUUUGGAUUCUUAUUUCAUUAAAACAUUUUUAUAAUUUU